AUGAUGACGAAUAAUAUUUCAACAAUUUCAAUUAUUUUUCUUUUAGGUUUAAAAGAGAUAAGACAUUACAAAUCAUCUCUUUUCUUUCUUACUUUUAUGUGUUACCUUAUAAUCAUUCUUGCAAAUGUUUGUGUUGUUCUGACUAUAAUCUUGAAUAAUGAACUCCAUGAACCAAUGUAUAUUCUGCUCUGUGCUUUCUGCAUAAAUUCUCUUUAUGGAACAGCAGGUUUCUAUCCUAAAUUCCUGUCAGAUCUGCUCUCUCCUGUUCAUGUCAUCUCUUAUUCAGGCUGCCUUCUGCAGGCUCAGAUGUUGUGUUCCUUCGCCUGCAGUGAUCUGUCCAUCCUUGCCCUAAUGCUGUAUGACUGUUAUCUGGCUAUAUGUCGACCACUGGAAUACCACUCUGUCUUGUUGAAGCAGACAGUCAUCUAUUUAGCCUGUCUUGCCUGGCUAACACCUAUUUGCUUCAUUGCUGUAAACAGCUUUUUGACCAUUUCUGUAAAAAUCUGUGCGGUCUCCCCACCACCAGGCGGCGGUAACGUCUCGCCCCCUCCUCUGCAGCAGAAGAAGCGGGCCGACAGCAGCCUCUGA